UUAAUAGGCAACUGACUGACUUUUUCAUAAGCUGGGGUAUAAAAACCGAAUGUAAGCUUGAAUUCAAAUACAGUUGAUGUUCAGUUUUUAUGAGUGAUUGAAAGACGUGACGAGUGAAAUUUUUGAAAAAAUUUAUUGAAAAAAAUUAAAUUUGUGCAAAAUUAUUUUUUAAAAACAAAAAAAUCAACCAAAAUGAAACAAAUCGUAUUAGUGAUUGCACUUUUUGGAACCGUUCUCGCCCAAGAAAACUUCAAAUGUCCAGAUGAUUAUGGAUUCUACCCACAUCACAUUAGUUGCGAUAAAUACUGGAAGUGUGAUAAUGGCGCAGCAGAACUUAAGACAUGUGGAAACGGUUUAGCUUUCGAUGCCACUGAUCCAAAAUAUUUAAGUGAAAAUUGUGAUUAUCAUCAUAAUGUUGAAUGUGGAGACCGCACCCAACUUGAACCACCAAUCUCAUCAGCUCAUUGCCCAAGACUUUACGGAAUCUUCCCAGACGAAGCCAAGUGUGAUGUUUUCUGGAACUGUUGGAACGGAGAAUCAUCAAGAUAUCAAUGCUCACCCGGCUUAGCUUAUGACCGUGAGGCUCGUGUCUGUAUGUGGGCUGAUCAAGUUCCAGAAUGUAAAAAUGAAGAAGUUGCCAAUGGAUUCACAUGCCCAGCUGCAGGAGAAAUCGCCAAUGCCGGUUCAUUCUCAAGACACGCUCAUCCAGAAGAUUGCAGAAAAUACUACAUCUGUCUUGAAGGAGUUGCCAGAGAAUAUGGAUGCCCAAUCGGUACAGUCUUCAAAAUCGGAGAUUCAGACGGUUCAGGAAACUGCGAAGACCCAGAAGAUGUUCCCGGCUGUGAGGACUACUAUGGAGAUCUUGAUCUUAAGAGCAUUAGAAAGAGUGAGCUGUUAGCUGGUUUGGCAAAUAGCGAUAGCGGCCGUAAUCAAGUUGCAAAGAAGAAGAACAAGGAAUAAAUAUGAAAAAUUCAUUAACAUCAACAACAGGAAUAGUUUAGCGAGUAGAACAUCCAAAUUUCCAUCCAUUCCAAUUUACCAAAAUUAACUUCCUCUUUGUUCCUCCUGUUUGUUCUGGUUUUCUGUUUGUGGGAAACAUUUAAAAAAAAAUUCAUAAUCAUCCAUCCAUUUGUUAAGUGUAUCUGCUCCACACUUACUCUUAAAUUCCUAUCCCCCUCCCCAAUCCCAAAGCCAAUACCCUUUUCUGCUACAAAAAAAAAUUAAAAAAUACUCAACGGCGAGGCAACAACAAAAAUAAAUUAUUAUUUUCCACCCUGGAAAUUUUCAUAAUUUUAAUUAGAUUUUUCGCUUGUAAAAUGAAUGAGUAAUAAUAAUAAUAUUAAUAAUAAUUUUCUGUGUCUCUACAAUCGAGCAAGUUAAUUAAAAUUUUAAUCAUAGACUGUUUUUUUAUAUAAAUAUAAAUUUAUACGUGAAAUAAUGAAAAAAAAUGAAGGUUUAUCA